CGCCCCGCCGCGCGCUCGCGAACGGUCCGCGCGCGGGCUGGGCCGGCGCCCCUCAGCCUCGCAGUUCCGCGUCGUCCGGACCCCGGGGGAUGCCCGCGGGUGGGCCUCCCUCAUGGCCGCCGACGUCUUCAUGUGUUCCCCGCGCCGACCCCGCAGCCGGGUCCGUUCGGUGCUGCUCAAGCCCCAGGUACCUGAGGACGACGACGACUCGGACACGGAUGAGCCGUCCCCUCCACCCGCCUCCGGCGCGGCCACCUCGGCCCGAGCCCACGCGAGCGCUGCGCCACUGCCGCCCCGGGCCGGGCCGGGCCGCGAGGAGCCUCCGCGCCCCCAGCAGAUUAUCCACAGCGGCCACUUCAUGGUGUCGUCGCCGCACCGCGAGCACCCGCCCAAGAAGGGCUACGAUUUCGACACGGUCAACAAGCAGACGUGCCAGACCUACAGCUUCGGCAAGACCAGCUCCUGCCACCUGUCCAUCGACGCCUCGCUCACCAAGCUCUUCGAGUGCAUGACCCUGGCCUACAGUGGGAAGUUGGUGUCUCCAAAGUGGAAGAAUUUCAAGGGCCUGAAGCUCCAGUGGAGAGACAAGAUCCGACUCAACAAUGCCAUCUGGCGGGCCUGGUACAUGCAGUAUUUGGAGAAGCGCAAGAAUCCCGUGUGCCACUUUGUCACCCCACUGGAUGGCUCUGUUGAUGUAGACGAGCACCGCCGGCCAGAGGCCAUCACCACAGAGGGGAAGUACUGGAAAAGUCGCAUUGAGUUUGUGAUCAGGGAAUACCACAAGUGGAGAACCUACUUCAAGAAAAGGCUGCAGCAGCACAAGGAUGAAGACCUCUCCAGCCUGGCCCAGGAUGAUGACAUGCUGUAUUGGCACAAGCACGGGGAUGGCUGGAAGACCCCAGUGCCCAUGGAAGAGGAUCCACUGCUGGACACAGACAUGCUCAUGUCAGAAUUCAGUGACACCCUCUUCUCCACACUGUCCUCACACCAGCCGGUGGCCUGGCCCAACCCUCGGGAAAUAGCCCACCUAGGAAAUGCAGACAUGAUCCAGCCAGGGCUGAUCCCUCUGCAGCCCAAUCUGGACUUCAUGGACACCUUUGAACCUUUCCAGGACCUCUUCUCUUCCAGUCGCUCCAUUUUUGGCUCUAUGCUGCCUACACCUGCCUCAGCACCUGUACCAGAUCCCAACAGCCCACCUGCUCAGGGGAGUGUCCUGCCAGCCUCCGCUCUGCCCACUGUGAGCCUUCCCGACAGCCUCAUCACACCCUCUGCUGCCCCCUCCCUUGACCCCACAGGUGGGCAGGGCUGUGAGCGCGCCUCCCAGACCGAGGACCCGUUUAUCCAGCCCACGAACUUUGGUCCCUCGGAUCCGCCUCCGAGCGUCCCGCAACCCUUCCUCCCCAUCUUUGCCAUGCCCGUUCUCUCCCCCAGCCCUGCCCCAGCCCCUGUCCCACCUGCAUUACCUUUAGUCCCCCCUCCUGUCACUACCCUGAACCCCCCAACUCUACCUGCCUUUCUGCAGCCGCAGAAGUUUACUGGCGUCAGCAAGUCGCCCCCCGUCAUCACCCACACGGCUUCCACCACCCUCACCCACACAGCCUGCACCACCACCUUCAGCCAGAGCCAGGGCCUUGUGAUCACAGCCCGCCACCCCACCUCCACCCCAUCCCCCUGUGGUCUGGCGUUGUCUCCUGCCCCCCUGCCACCAGCUGCUGGGCCUCUGCAACCUCGUUUGACUUUUGUACACCCCAAACCUGUAUCCUUGACUGGAGGGAGGCCCAAGCAGUCCCCCAAAAUAGUGCCUGCUUCCAAACCCAAGCCCAUGUCUUUGGUGUUGAAGAACGCUCACCUGACCCCAGCUGCCUUUUCAGGCCAACCACAAGCAGUGAUCAUGACGUCAGGCCCUCCGAAGAGAGAAGGAAUGUUGGCAUCUACCGUGUCCCAGUCCAGUGUGGUCAUCGCACCUGCUGCCAUCGCUAGGGCCCCUGGAGUCACAGAGUUCCACAGCAGCGUCCUGGUGACAGACCUCAGCCACAGCACGAGCAGCCAGCCCACCCCUGUCUCCCGGAUCUUCUCUCCAAGCACAGUGCAAGACUCCCUGGUGAAGGGCGAGCAGGCCCCGCUGCAUGGGGGCAGUCCCCAGGUCCCUGCCACAGGAUCCAGUCGAGACUGCCCGAACUCAGGGCAGGCCUCUCCAUGUGCAUCGGAGCAAAGCCCCAGUCCUCAGUCUCCCCAGAACAACUGCUCAGGGAAAUCUGCAGACACCAAAAAUGUGGCUGCGUUAAAGCAGAACCGGCAGAUGAAGCAUAUCUCAGCUGAACAGAAGAGGCGCUUCAACAUCAAAAUGGGCUUUCACACCCUCAACAGUUUAAUCUCCAAUAAUUCCAAGCCGACCAGCCACGCCAUCACGCUGCAGAAGACUAUGGAGUACAUCACCAAGCUGCAGCAAGAGCGGAGCCAGAUGCAGGAGGAGGCCCGGCGGCUGCGGGACGAGAUCGAGGAGCUGAACGCCACCAUCCUCUCCUGCCAGCAGCUGCUCCCCGACACAGGAGUCUCUCUCACCCGGCUCCAGUUUGAUCACAUGAGAGACAUGUUUGACGAAUACGUGAAAAGUCGGAUCCUGCAGAAUUGGAAGUUUUGGAUUUUUAGCAUCAUCAUCAAGCCGCUGUUUGAGUCCUUCAAAGGGAUGGUGUCCACCCGCAGCCUGGAGGAGCUGCAGCAGACAGCACUGUCCUGGCUGGACCAGCACUGCUCCCUGCCCAUCCUCAGGCCAAUGGUGUUGAGUACCCUCCGGCAGCUGAGCAUCACCACCUCUGUUCUGACAGACCCAUCCCAGCUGCCAGAGCAGGCAUCAGAAGCUGUCACCAGGAUUGGCAAGAGAUCAGGGGAAUCCUAGCCACGUAGCUGGCGCGUGACUGCGUGAGAGGCCUAGAGACCUGACUGUCCCUGCUCUUCCUGACACAUAGCCUUGGGCCUCCCUCUACUCUGCUGGCUGUCAGGAUGCCAUGCUCAGGGCAUGCCCACAGCAAUAGCCCAUCUUGGGAACCCCUUGCUGUGACCUCUCUCACUCAGUGACCUCAGUCACCAACCUCCCCUGCCCACAGGGCAGCCCAGACAAAGGGAAAUGCGCCUUUCUAGUCCUGACCUGCUGGUGGCCUGUUUGGGUUGGACCAGUGAGUAAAGCAGAUGGGACAGGGAGACGAAGCCUAAUCCUGCUAGUGGAGACCUCCAGGGUCCCUCUGAUUUCCUGUCGUGAGACUUCCUGCCCUACACCUCGUCUCCCUGCACUCCUCUGGUGAUCCUGCCCCGGGGCGGGUGGAGGCCUUGCUCCUUCCCCUGAACCUGACGGCACCUGUCCCUUGUGGACGACCUGGGCUUCAGUUCCAGCUUUGGCUGGGUGGACUGCCUUCUUCUGCCCCACCAGCUGCUAGGGGAAGUGCCUUCCUCCCAGACCCUGGAGCACAGGGCAGAGCAGAGGUGCCGGCAUACACAGCAUUGCAGAGUGGCUGCUUGGCUCAGGCCCUGCAGUCCCACCUGGCAUUGUACUCUCUUCAGUGCUGCUGGGGACUUGGCCCAAGGCUUGUCCGGGUGUCCCCGCGCAGCUGAGGCACUCUGCCCUUGACCUGCACCCACCUCCACCCAGUGGCCAAGGAAGAGGGGUGUGCCCCAGGAACUGUUUCCCCAAGUUCCCAUAUUCAGAAGGCCACGGCCUCGCUGCUGUAGUUAGCUGGCCAUCUUUUCUGAUGGUGUUCAGCUGGGAGCCCCAAACAAGGGCAGGUCUUGGACCAAAUGUCAGCAUGCUCAAAGUCUGGCCUGUCUAAUGUUUGGGGGUCAAGGGGGUCUGCCCUCUGAGCUAUCUGCAGGUGUCUCCUGGGUCAGAUGUGAACGACUGCACUCAGAUUUGGUGCAGUGGAGGCGUGACUGGAGGGUGGCAGGCAUCCAAAGGCACAGGGGUCCCUAGUGCAUGCUGCAGCUGGAAGGGAUGCGGAAGGACAGGUGGGCAGCCCAGUCGGUCCCUGCCCUCUCUCUACUGCUUCUGCGCACAGCUGCAGGUGGCCGGGUGCUCUCCCCUGCACUCAGGUAUACUCCUGGAAGGAAUGUGCUGCUCUGUCCUUUCAACCCUGGCCUCCUGCCUGGCCUCACCCUCAUGCCUGCCUGCAGCAUCCUGAAGGAGCCACCUGAGGAGAAGCCCUGGGCUGCCCUUGAGGUUCCAACCCAUGCAUGGGCUGCCAGUUCCACCUCAGCCUUGGUGGCAGAGGAUGGAGAAGGGCGGACUCUCCUCAACCACUGGCUGAGCCACCCUCUCUGUAGUGGACCCCUGACUGGCCACCUGCUCCCUUGUCUGCACUUCUGCCCCAUGUGGGAACAGCGUGGUGGCACCCCUCAGCCACCUCAGAAAAUGUGUUUACAGGCUGAGGGGUGAGCAAGACGUGGGCGCUGGUCCUUGGGACUUGCACUGGGAGAUGGUCAUGGAAUUCAUCCCUUACCCAGGUUGAUUCCAGGUUCCCCUCAGAAGGUUAAGGCCACAGUGGUAAGAGUCCCAUUAGGAUCAGAAGGAAGAGAGGGACACCAGACAUUGCUGGGAGGGCCUCAUGGAGGACCCAGGCCCAGCCCCUUCCCACUCCUGUGCCUUGUAACCUGCAGAUGAUGCAGCAGCAGCCAAGACUCCCCGCUCCGCCGGCUGGGAGAACUGAAGACAGCAAAGCUUGGCGGGAUGUGAAAUCGGCCUCUUGCUUCUUUGGCCUCCCUCUCCCUUUUGCUGAAUUCUGCUCAUGGUUCUGUCUCCUCAGAUAGCGAAGGCUGUUAGGUCACGUGAGACUGGACCGGGUGUGUGUGGGCGUGUGGGCGUGCAUGCCUGUCUGUGUCUGAGGCGGGCUUCUCUCUUGGUGCUCCUGAGUGUUGUGGCCGUGAGGCCACAGUGCUGUCUCUGCUUCAGACGGGAUUGUUUCUUGCCCUGGAAAUUUUCUUGGUUUAUAAUUUUGCCUGAUGAAAAUGGGCAAGAAGGAAGGGCCUGUCCUUGACUUUUGUCCCAAGCUUCCCUGGCUGGCGUUUGGGGCAGCCAAGGCCGUGCUGCCAGCAACCUUCCGUGGCGCUCCCCUGCGCUGGAGUUUGUUUACACCUCUUUCCACCCCCAUUCCCGUGCCCGCCCCUUGUCAGUGCUGACACUCUGGAGAAUGAGAACAUUGACAUGGAGAGAUGAAACCAGAGGCCAGCGGGCGGAGACAUCUCCGCAGUUGUUUCUGUGAAAUCUUCUGAAGCCAUCAGUGUCCCUGCAAGCAGCUCUGCUUGUUCUUUCACUAUGAGUGGGAGACCACGGUGGGGUGGGACCAGGGGCUUUUGCAGGUCACACUAUCUGUCACCUUCCUGGGGCCUGACCCUAUGACAAGCCAGCCAGUGGUUUUUCACAGCACUCGGGAGUCUGCGCUGACGACGCACUGGGUCUUGUGGAGGAAGACUGGAGAGCAGUGGAGCCCAGCCCUGCCCCCGCCCCUGCCACCCACAGGGAGCGUUGCGUGCUCUUGUGACCCAAUUUAAUCCCAUGCACUGUACUUGGGGUCUGACCCCACCCCUUUUCCAGAGCUGGGUCCUGAAUGUUUCUGUGCGGUGACUGAGAUGACCACUUGGAUUCUCAGAGGACACAGCACACAGACCCAGGCAAUGCCCAGACCCCAGCUGUGCUCCGGUGCAGGAGUAAGGUGGCAGAUAGCACUGGGCCACCUGUGGCCAGCAGCCCGCUGGGUGUCUGGAGGGUCAUGGGUCCUGGCCCCCACUGGCUUUCCUAGCCUCAGCCAGGGCUCGGCUCCUCUCUUCCCUGGCUCCCAGGUGGGCAGGCUUGGAGGGGACAUCACCCCUCCUUGAUUUCAGAAGCCCCUUUCCCUUUGUCCUCACUGGACCCCCUGAGGCCUCCCAUCGAAGGUGCAUGGGAGCCUUUCCCCAUUGGGGCAGUGCCUCCAGGCAGCACCACCACUGCAAGAGAACUGGCUUUGCGAAGUGUCUUCCAGUGGCCUGUGCAGUGGGGAGCGUUGGGAGCGCCAGCAGGUGCCGUCUGCUGGGAUGUUCAUGCAGCAGAAGGACGUGGCUUCCGACCCCGUCCCCUCGGUGCCUGCUAGUAUUAAAGAGGACUGAACCACGUCUGACCACGUGUGCAGGCACGAGACAGUGAGGUAGCAAUGGAAGAGCUUGAAAGCUCAAUAGGCUUGACACUCGAACGGUUUGGUAGGCAGCUUGGCCACCAUCUGCAGGCCACUCCAAAGUGCGUGGGCAGCUUGUCAGAGGCCCUAGGAAUGGGGUUGGCCUAUGCCUCUCGCAGGGCAGGCCUUGCGGGUGGGCCAGGCUGGGUCAGUCACCGACUGUUCUGAAAACAGGCGCCUCACCCAGCUCACCAGACCAGGCUGCUCAAUGGCACGUGUAAAAUCCAACCUUUAAGGAAGAAGGGAGCUCUUCGUGUUGAAUGUAGACUGUGUUUGUCCUCACGCUUGCACAGGCCUGCGUGUGUGUGUGUUUACUUCAUGGAGUUUUAUUUUUAUAAAAUUCCUUUCCAGUUAUUUAGCAAAACUCACCUCCAUCUGGCUUUCAAACUUUGGAUCCAGUCAUAUCCUGGGUGUAGUGAACUUGGCGCAUUCUCUUGGGCGUUUCCUAGUGGAGAUCUGGUGUUCUCUGGAGGGUGGGAGAAGCCAAAGUUUUACACAUUUCCUUCUGAGAUUUGCAUCCUGCAGGUGGGAAGGCCUAAAGGGCUUGGCCUCUCCCAGGUAGUUCCUCCGGGGAGCACCCAGUGCCCCUCCCUGUGCCGAUUUGAAUCUUCACAGCCCCCCACCGACCCAGGGCAGCGGGCUCACUGGCUUGUUCUGUAGCGCCACGGCUGCAAAGCACGUUCUGUUCCUCUUUCAGGUUUCAGUUACGUACAUGGCUAAUUUUUUCUGUUGUGAACUUCAGUGACUGCAGGGCUGCUUUGAGGAGGUGGUUAUACCUGGGGAUAUGAAAACCCAAAGCAGGAAAGGGUCUGGUUUGACCAGAGGCUCCUGGCCAGCAUCACCUGAGCGCAGCCUCUGGCGCUCUGCUGUCAAGAAGCCUGUUUCCACCAGCUGUAUUCAACACUACAAUGCAUUUUUUAAACUAUAUUUGCAUCUAAGACAAUUAAAAAAAAACUUAUUUUUUUGAAAAGCU